AUGCUUCAAAUCAUUGACUUGUCCUUAAACGAAUUUGGCGGCACACUGCCUGUGAGUCUCCUUGCAUCUUUGGAGGCUAUGAAGGCCAAUAAGGACUUCAAUCAUCUACAGUAUCAGUUUUUCGAUUACUCAUUAAUUAAUGAGUUUUAUUAUUAUGAGGAUACAAUGAGUGCAACCUCGAAAGAUCUACGGCUAGAACUCGUUAAGAUCUGGACUAUUUUCACAUUGAUCGACUUCUCAAGCAAUAGAUUGGAGGGUACAAUACCCAAUGCACUUGGAGAUCUCAAAGCACUUUAUGUCCUCAACCUUUCACGCAAUGCUAUCUCGGGUUCAAUUCCUCCUAUAUUGGGGAAUUUGCAUCAGAUUGAGUCGUUGGAUCUGUCGGUGAAUUACCUUAAUGGAACCAUACCAGCUCAACUAGUAAAUCUCAAUUUCCUUUCAUUGUUGAACCUCUCAAACAAUCAACUUGUAGGAAACAUCCCGACAAGCGGACAAUUUCUCACAUUUUCCAGAAGUUCUUUUGAAGGGAACCUCGGAUUGUGUGGGCUUCAACUCAACAAAAGUUGCUCAAUUACCUCGAACGGGACAGAAGAAGUUGAUGCAAAUGGCAACAAUGAUGAUAGCGAGAAAAAGUGGUUUUACAUGGGCAUACCGCUUGGGUUCGUCGUUGGCUUCUGGGCUUUUUGUGGUCCAUUAAUGUUUGUGAGAUCAUGGAGGUUUGCUUAUUAUCGAUUCUGGGAUAGAGUGCUAUUUAAAUUCUCACGAUCAUGA